AUGAAACUAAUAGUGAAAGUAUUACAAGGGAGUGAAUUUGAAAUUCAGAUAGCAGAAAACGCACUAAUAAUAGACGUAAAACGUGAAAUUAAUCGUAUAGCUCCAUCAUAUCCGGUUGAAUUCCAAAAAGUUCUUUCGAGCGGGCGAACAUUGUUAGAUGACAAGACUUUAGACUUCUAUAAAAUCAAAGACAUGUCAAAGUUAAUGUUGGUAAUAAAAAAACCCGAUCCUCUGAAGGAUGUUUUGACGAGACAACUGAAGAAGUUUUACUCAGAAGAUGUUACCGACAAAAUUGUAAAAGAAUUCAUGUUAGAUUUUGACCAAAAGAUGAAUGAAAUGUCGUUAGAUGACUUUGAACGAUUAGCUACGAGUAUUUUAGGAAAAUGA